AUGUAUGAUGAUAUUUAUAAUUUUGUCUAUCAUUUAGAAGGAUCUAGUUUAGAAAAAAGAGAAUUUAAUGCUGAAGAAUUUAUAAAAAUAUUAGAACAAUUUAAGUAUGAUAAUACUGAAUUUUUUUAUUUUGUUGAUAUUAAUGAGAAUAUGAAAAGAUUAGAGCGACAUUUAAUGAAAAAUAUAAUGAAAAAUUUAAGUGCAAAGCUUAAUACAAACUGGUCAGCAUUUAUUAAAGAUUUCUAUAAAUGUCUUGGAGAAAUGGAUAUUACAAACUUUCUUUCUCGGUGGAAUAUGCUUAAAACAUCUUAUCUGUUAGCAACAACUUAUCUAUCUCAUAUGGAAAAAAUACAAGAAAAAUGGGCUGCAUAUUUUAAUAGUGAUACGUUUAUGGCAGAUAUGAUAACUACACAAUGUGGAGAGUCUAUGAAUAAUAUGAUGAAAGGUUAUUUAGAUGCAAAUACAUCUCUUACUGCAUUUAUAGCUGCAUUUCAAUCAGCACUAGAUACACAAAAUGAAAAAACAAAGUUUCGAGUUUAUCAACAAAAUAAUUUUAAUAUUAUAUAUAAAACUACAAGUAUAUUUGAACGUCAGGCUGCUUCUAUUUUAACUACCUUUGCUUUUAAAAAGAUUCAAGAACAAUUAAUGCAAUCAUUUAUAUAUAAAUUGUUAAGUCGAUCUUUAAAGUUCAAAGAUAUGAAACAGAAGCAAGUAAAAGAAUUACAUAUUUUUCGAAUAGCAAUGCAAUUAAACUUAGAAGAGCUUCUAGCUAGACUUUUUUAUAAUCGAUGGAAAAAAAAUUUAAGCAAAGAAGAAAUUAUCAAUAAUUAUAUUGUAUUUUCAACAUCAACUUCACAACAAUCAACAACUUUCUCUAACAUUGAAUUAAAUAAUGAUCAAAAUUAUCAGUAUUUGUUAACUCAAUUAUUGCAAAAAAUACAACGUUUCAUAUUACAAAAUCCUACAACAGCUGCAACUCUAUAUAAUUCUUUCAAUGAAAAAUUUGUUUCUGAGAUUGAAAAAAUCAGCAUAUCACAAUCAAAUAACUUGAUCACAUCAACAAUAAAAAAUCCAUUAAUUGUUCAUGGCAAAGGGCAUCUAUCUAAUAAAAGAAUUUUAAGUACAGUGGAGUUAGCUAGUAAUAAAAAGAAAAAAACUAGCAAAAACAAGGAGAAUAUAUUAGAAUCGCAAGAAUGUAUUAACUUGAAUAAUGAUCAACCUAGUUAUAUAAGACCAUUAGAUAAAAUUCAACAUUCCAAUAUUAUAAUGAUAUCUUCGCAAGGACAAGAUUCUGAUUCUCCAAUUCAGCAACUUCCUGAGUAUUAUGGAACCAAGGGUCUAGCUGUUAUCUUAAAAACUUUAACUGAAAUGUUUGUUCAGACUAAAAUAUUAACUGCAAAUAUUUGCUCCCCACAAUCAUCAUCUCAAUAUUUGGCUCAAGUUCUCAUUCCAGAAACUGCUAUAAGACUUAUUGCAGAAGAUUUUAAUAACAUUUCCUUAGACAUGGCAAAAGAAAUUAUGAUUGAUAGUGUUGAAUUUGGACUGUAUGUUUAUGAUGAUAGCAACUGA